AUGAUCGAAGACGACAUCUACCGCUCCUCAAGCCAGUACCGACUAUGGUCAUACACGCGCGCUUCCCUGGCCCGGAUCCGGCAGGAGACCAACGAGCUCGCCGCGCAAAGAGUGCGCGCCGCAUUCCGACGCGCCCGAUCUGCCCAAAGCCAGAACGGCGGCGGUCCACAUGGCAGCGAGGAAGGCGGUGCGGUGGCGACUGGAGACGAUGCCGUGAUCGACACGUUAACCGUGGAGGAGGAGUUGAAGAUUGUGGAAUGGGGGUGUAGCAAGAUUGUGGAUAUGGGGGAGGCGAUGAACCCAAGGAUUCCGAGCCAUGUUGUGGCCACAGCCACGCAAUACCUCAGACGAUUCUACCUCACCCAAUCACCCAUGACGUACCACCCCAAAGCCAUCCUCCCCAGCGCACUCUACCUCGCGACCAAAGCCGACCACUUCUACCUUCCUCUCUCCCGCUUUGUGGCCGAAUUACACAACAUCUCCGAAGACGACGUCAAGGCCCCCGAAUUCCUCCUCCUGCAAGGUCUGCGGUUCACCCUCGACGUCCGGCACCCCAUGAAAGGCCUACAAGGCGGGCACGUCGAGAUGAACGUCCUCGCCGAGGAAGGGAAGCUGGGCGCGGCGAUCGAGCCCGGCCGGGCGAGCGAGAGACGCAUCGGCAUGGCGGCGGACCAGGCGAAGAAACUGCUCGCGACGGCCGCGCAGCUCACGGACGCGUACUUCCUGUUCACGCCGUCACAGAUCUGGCUCGGCGCGAUCAUGGUCGCGGACCGCGACCUAUGCGAGGCCUACCUGAACUACAAGUUCGAGGGGAUCGUCGAUGCCGUGGAGCGGCAGGCGGGGCGGGCGGGCGGCCACACGUCGGACGUCGACAUCGCGGCCUUGCAGGCGAAACUGCUCGCGACGAUAAACUCCUGCGCGGAGCUCCUGCAGUCGUACACGCCGCCGGAGGAGGAGUCCGCGACGCAGCGCAAGGAGAUGCGGCGGAUUGGGAAGAAGCUUAACGUGUGUCAGAAUCCCGAAAAGACGGAUAUCGUCGCGGUGGCGCGGGCCAAGGCCGCGGAGAAGAGGGAGGGCAGCGCGACGGGCAGUGGGAGCGAUGCGGAAAAGGUGGCCAAGAAGCGGAGGUUGGAGCGCGAGAGGGCCGAGAGGGAGGGGGAUGUGUUUGGGCCGGCGUUGAAGGAUAUCCCUGGCAAGGACGGCGAGUAG